UAUCUCAUCGUACUCUUCACCGAAUGCACACUAUGACAAUGCAAAAUUCCAUCACAAUGUUUGCCAUUGUAUUAGCUCUCGGAGCUCUUGUUACUAUGCCAAGAGGUGGACAGUCUAUUGGAGUGUGCUAUGGUAGACUCGGAGAUAAUCUUCCUCAACCAAGUACCGUGAUAUCUCUCUACAAAUCUAAGAACAUAAAUGGCAUGAGACUUUAUGAUCCUUAUGAUGUUGCCCUCCAAGCUCUCAAAGGCUCAAAUAUUGAACUUAUCCUCGAUGUCCCUAACGACAAACUCCAAAGUUUGGCUUCUGAUGCUUCAGCAGCUAGCACUUGGGUUCAAAACAAUAUAAAAGCUUAUUCGUCUGAUGUUAAAUUCAAGUAUAUUGCAGUUGGUAAUGAAGUUAUUCCUGGAGACUCAGCACAAUAUGUCCUCCCAGCCAUGCAAAAUAUUCAAAAUGCAUUAACUUCAGCUGGCUUGCAAAACCAAAUUAAGGUUUCAACUGCUGUAUCCACUGUAGUUCUAGGCACAUCAUACCCUCCUUCGUCUGGUUCAUUCUCUUCUGCAGCAUUGUCAAGCUUGGGAUCCAUUAUUAAUUUCUUGAGCUCAAAUGGAUCACCUCUCUUAGCUAAUGUAUAUCCUUACUUUAGUUACAUUGACAACACUGGGAGUAUUGAUCUCAAAUAUGCUUUAUUUACAUCGCCUGGAACCGUUGUGACUGAUGGAUCACUACAAUAUCAAAACCUAUUUGAUGCCAUAGUUGAUUCAUUGUAUUCAGCUUUAGAGAAAGCUGGUGGAUCUAAUGUGGGUAUUGUUAUAUCAGAGAGUGGAUGGCCUUCUGCUGGUGGGAAUGCAGCAACUAUUGAUAAUGCUCAGACUUAUAAUCAGAAUUUGAUCAAUCAUGUUGGAAAGGGAACACCAAAGAAACCUGGAGCUAUCGAGGCUUUCAUCUUUGAGAUGUUUAAUGAGAACCAGAAGUCACCAGAGGUGGAAAAGCAUUUUGGUCUCUUCAACUCAGAUGGAACUCCAGUUUAUUCUAUUAAUUUCUAGACUCUAAAUAUUAUGGGAAGAAUAGAAUAAGUGGUAGCUUAAAUAAGGCAUACAAAUGUGAGGAAUAGGAACACUACAUUACUGUUAAUCAAACUCCUGAAUGCUACAAGGAUUUGUACUUUGAACUCAUAUUAAUAAAUAACUGCCUCGUAUCAUAUAUAAGGAUAUUGUUUGAUGGCAAAAUAAAUGAAUUAACAUUUGUGUUCUUAAUA